AUGGAGAACGGCGCCAAGGGUGUGGAAGUGAUCAUCAGCGGCAAGUUGCGAGCGCAGCGAGCCAAGGCAAUGAAGUUCAGACAGGGCUAUCUGAUCUCUACUGGAGAACCCAAGCGCCAUUACAUCUCCGAAGCAGUCCGCCAUGUGCAGAUGCGGCAGGGAACCAUUGGCAUCAAGGUGAAGAUCAUGAUGUCGCAUGACCCGGAAGGGAAGAUGGGGCCAAAGAUGCAGCUCCCUGACAACGUGAUCGUGCAUGAGCCCAAGGAGGAAGCUCCUCCGAUGAUGCCAGCCCAAGACGAGGGUUACGGCUACGAUCAGCAAGAGGGCGGCGGCUACUGA